GUGGUGGCGUGGUGUGUGUGUGUGGAGCGAAGGCUUUAUACUGGAUUGUCCGGACGCCUCCAGCGCUGUGAAAUCGGAGGAUCUCUCCAGUUCUCCUUUUGUAUCCAAAGCAGUAAUGCGCGCAAAAGGACUCAAGACUCCAGUGCUGCCGCGUGUCUGCUGAGAAACCACUUUUUUAUUUUUAGACACUCUGUCGUUUUAAGAAAGUUCCACACCUUUGCUGUCAAUGUCAGCACAGGUAGGGGAGAGGAUCCCGGAAGAACUCGUAGUGCAGGUUAUCAGCUUGUUUGCAUAGCCUGUACAUUUUAUUCCAAAGCGAGCGAGCGCCGAUGGACAAAAAGUAGCUACUCUCUCUUUAAGGUGUUGAUUUUGAAGUUAAGAAGAUGAAGGAGCCGAGGAAGAAGAAGCUGUACGUGGUGGUGGACGUGCUGUGCGUUGUAGUUGCGGCGCUGCCCUUCAUCAUAAUGACCAUCGUCUUCAAGCCGUAUGAAAGAGGGAUUUACUGUGACGAUGAAAGCAUCAUGUACCCCCUAAAACCGGACACCAUCACCCAUGGCAUGCUGGCAGCUGUCACCAUCCCUUGCACUGUCGUCAUUAUCUCUGUUGGGGAGGCUUAUCUGGUUUACAGCAAGAGGGUUUACUCUAAUUCAGACUUCAACCAGUAUGUGGCUGCACUCUACAAGGUAGUGGGCACCUUCUUGUUUGGAGCAUCUGUGAGUCAGUCGCUCACAGACCUCGCCAAGUUCACCAUCGGCCGCCCGAGGCCGAACUUCCUCUCCGUGUGUAAACCUAAAGUCUGCACAGGAUACAUGCCAACCAUCAACUGCACUGGUCAUAUUCUGAACGUCACAGAGUCCAGAUUGUCCUUCUACUCCGGUCACUCCUCUUUUGGAAUGUACUGCAUGCUCUUCCUUGCGCUCUACGUGCAGGCGAGACUGGUGGCCAAGUGGGCCAGGCUUCUUCGGCCCACCAUCCAGUUCUUCCUGGUGGCCUUUGCGGUGUAUGUUGGUUACACCCGAGUGUCUGAUUACAAGCACCACUGGAGCGACGUGCUGGUGGGGCUGCUGCAGGGAGCGCUCGUUGCCGUGCUCAUUGUGCGCUAUGUGUCAGACUUCUUUAAGAAGCGUCCUCCGCGUUGCACAAGGCCAGACACGGCUGAAAAUGAAGAGCCAGAGAGGAAACCCAGCCUGCAGAUUGUAGACUCCGAGCACGGCAACCAUUACAACUAUCACCACACUCCAGGUUCUGUGUGACAGGGGCUGAUGCUUAGGGAACCGAGGCUGCAGCCUGCAGACCCCAAACCUGUGUGAUGGGGUCCAACUCUGGGGCUUCAACCUUGAUCGUCAGCAGUACUCAGUCCAGGGAAUAACCCGGCUCAUCUCCGGUCCUGGCGCUGUAGGCUGCCUGUUGAUGCCAUGUGAGAAGUCCUAUGAGUGUGUUAAAUUUUAGAUUUUGAAAUGUCUGUUUGAAAGGAGCAAAGCUAGGGAUCAGGUCUGUAGCUUGCAGCCUCCAAGCCCCUAAUCACCCCCUCUGUGUCAACCACUCACACCCCUCCUACUCCCCAACCACUGGACUGACUGAGGGGGCUGCAUCCCCUCGCCAGGUGCCUGAGUCCCCUCUCAAAGACACCAUGAUGACCUCCUUUUCUCAUGUAAGAGAGAAAGGAGCAAGUUGUUUUUAAGACAUCAUUGUUGAUGUUGAAGCGUAUGUGCUUAAAGCUGCAUUAAGCGAAUGACUCCAAAGCCAUGACAUACUAUUGCCUUACUGAGUGUAUGUGGCAAGUAACACAAAGAAUAUAGGCAGCCCAAUGAGAGUUUCUUCCUGCCAACGGACAAAUGUAAGUCUGAUGUUCACACGCCUUUAUGCCACCACCUCCUGAGAAAAUGUUCUCUUUGGCUUAAUACUUUCUUUAUUUGUGACUUGUUUAUUAGGCAUACUGUUGAGUGAGCGUACAGUCUGUUUCUCAGGCUGUGUUUGUAGACAAAAAGUUUCACACAGUUUUAUACGAUGGGUCAGUGAGAGGGUUGGGUUUCUCUUAUAUAGAUUGUUUUUAACUACAGGAGCCUGAGAACUGCAGAAAUGUUGAAUGGAAAGAGCCGGGUGUUGAUCCUCAGCGGGACACAGUAAUGGCAACUGACGAGGAGUUCUUUGAUUUUACGUUAAUAUCAAAUAUAUCGCUUAAUGUAGCUUUAAUGAUUUUAGUAUGUUUUUAUUUCUGUAUGUAGAGCACCAAAUGUGUUGAAAGUGAUAAAGGAAAUAACCAAAAAUGUUUUAUACGUGUAGGUGAAGGCACAGUUUGUUGAUUAGCUUCUUUUUAGUGCACCUUAAUCUGGCUACACACUAGAAGAGUAUUUCAAAUCAUAACAGAAAAUUGAAGUGGCAUCUAGUUCACAGUAGAUGAGCUCAUUUUCUCCCUAUAUCAUGUCAUCCUAUUGGCAAAAUGUUUGCUGCUGGCCUCCUCGAAGCUGCUUUGAAAGGAGAUUUAUAUUGAACUUAAUGGUUCAGAGGCUCCUCUGAAAUUAGCUAACGAUAUGUUACUGCCAGCUCUCCUAACUGCCGCACAAACAGGUCUGGGUAUAUACUCUGAAAAACAUUAUAUUGUUGUCAAAGUGACUAUACUGGCUUGUCGUGCCUGAUGACUCACACUACAUCGGUCCGCUCUGAUUCACUUGCACGAUUUCAGUUCUUAGCGUUUAUUCUUAGUGUCAUGCUCUGUCACUGCCAGUGUGUGUCGGGAUAAGUCAUCAUCUUGUCAGUGCCAAUUGGUCUGAAUCCUUAUUAAGGUAAGGACAUAUGCUGCAUUUUAAAGGGGGAGUUUGAGUUUAUUGAAGUGGUUGUUUGAGAUACUACAGUCAGUGUAUGUCCUUCAGUAGAUGACAACCAACACAGAAGCAAAGCAAUGCACUGAUAAGGAUGGGAGCAGCUGCUAAAUAUGUUUUAGCCACCUAAAAAAACAAUAUUCGUUUAUGUGUACACUAUAUUUCACUGCGUUACUUCUACAUUUAGCAGUUCUAUGCUUCUCGUCAAAGCCAUCAGACUCCAUUGACAAAAACCUUACCUUUACCUCGCACAACACAGGAGUUGGUGGUCUAUUGCUGCCUAAAUCAGUUAGUUUGUUUGGGUUAUUGUGUGACUGUAAAGGGUAAGAUAAGAUUCAGAUUCAAGUCACACAAUAACACUAAUGAAAUGCCCAAUCGAGGAACAGUAAACAAGAAACUUGUGUCUUCUGUGAGGUAAUAUAACUUUUUUGUCAAUGGAGUCUGGUGGUUUUGAAUAGAGCGUUAAUGAGCACUUUAGUUCCCCCUGUGUAAACUUAAGUCUGAAGCGUUGAAAAUAUUCUACAUAUAGUAUACAUUUAAACUGAUAUUGACUCUUUUUUUUUUAGGUGGCUAUAAUAUGUUUUGUUGCAGCUCCCAACCACAGCAGUACAUUACUUUGUACUUUCUCCAAACUUGGGAUGCCGAACUCAAUCUACUGUAGAUAAUACACUGAAUAUCUCAUGCAAUCCCACUUAAAAAAUCCGAUCUAUCCCUUUAAGGGCAGAUUUUUAUGUCCAGACUCAACAGUGGCGAUGCUUUUUAAAAAUGUACAAAUUUAAUUGUGGAGUUUGUGAAUAUGAUUUAGGUUUCCCCUGUGUGAAAUGGACUGCAGAGGUAGAAACCAUUGAUGCAGAUGGCUUUAAUUUCUGUUGGAGUUUGUGUCAUACCACUACUAUAUUGCCAAUCAGAUAUCAAGCAAUUU